AUGGAGCUCAAGGAACGAGGAACAUUGCACGUUUUGGGUUUAGAGGAUGUGGUCCGAUUCGGACCGUCCAAGCUGGUCGGAUGCUGGGUGGUUACGACGAGUGCCGACGGCCGGUUUGCCGCGUUCGUAGGGGAGGUCCUCAGCUGGGCUGUUACGGACGGGGAGUGUGUAUACGCGGUAAAAGACGUGCUUAGCGGGUUUGUGGGUGACAGAGUGCGCGCGUCGGAGAUGGCGUAUCUGACGGACGAUCGGAAGGCGGGAACGGGGACGAGCUAGCGAGAGGAUUUACCGGAUGCAUUCAUUGAGGUGGGCGCAGGAUGCGGGGCGAUUUGUGCUAGAUAUCGGCAUGCUUGAAAAAAGUAAGAAACUGAAAAAUUUGUAGAAUGUAGAGAUAGGCUUUUAGAUGACCAAAGACUUCGAUUCGAGCAGGAUUUGUUGAGGUCCGGAAAUAAGAAUUACUGUAUGAAAAGAUUGCUUGCGGCUGCUGAAGAGUGCAGAUUGUUUUGAAGAACAUAAGUACAGGCAAAGACGGACAAUAAGACCAUGCGCUUUUGACCGUGAC